GAGCCGGGCCCCGGGGGGGGGUGAGGGGGGGUGUCUCCGGUGUGACCGACACCGCGCUCAGCGCUGCGCCCCGGCCCCGCAACCCGGCACCCGCUCCCCGUGUUUGUGUGUGUGUGUCCCGGGUGUCCUCCGCACCACGGACCCGGGCCCCUCCGCGCCUCCCCCCACCCCGCCCUGUGCCCGCCCCUCACUGUGUCCCCGGUCCCGGGUGGGCCGGUCCGCGCCUCCCCACCCCCCCCAGCCCCCGCCCCGCCCCCGGCACCGCCCCCGCCGCGGCGGGCAGGACCGUGCGGGCUGCGGGCUGGCACCGGGCCCGCCCCGCCCAGCACCGGCACCGGCACCGGGCCCGGCACCGGCCCAUGGCGGCUCCGGGAGCGGCCGGCACCGCAGGCAGCCGGUGAGCCCAGGCCGGAGCGGGGCAGCGUGGCCGGUGUCACGGCGUGACCAUGCAGGCGGAGGCCCGCGGGGAUUUCUGCGGCAGGGAGCAGCGCCCCGAGCUCGGCAAGGAGACGCUGGUCCCCGAGUGCCCGGCGGGGACCCCCACCCAUGGGCCGGCCCAGCAGCCCCCCGGAGCCCCCACCGAGGAGCAGGGCGGCAUCCCCAUCCCCAGCGCUGGCCUGCUGCAGGUCACCGAGCGCCGACAGCCGCUGAGCAGCGUCUCCUCGCUGGAGGUGCACUUCGACCUGCUGGACCUGACCGAGCUGACCGACAUGUCGGACCAGGAGCUGGCCGAGGUCUUCGCCGACUCCGACGAGGAGAACGCGGCCGGGGAAGCGCCCGGUGGGCUGCAGCCGGUGCCGCGGGCCGGGUACCUGCGCUCGCCCUCCUGGACCCGGGCGCGGGAGCAGGGCCGCGAGAAGAAGCACCUCAGCGACCCAGAGCUGACGCCGGGACCCCCGGACACCUUCCUGCCCGCCGACCGGCCGCGGGAGCCCUAGGAACGGACCCGGCCCCGGCCCCCCCCCCGAGGGACGGCCCCGGGGAUCCGCCGGGACCGGCUGCUUCGUUCCGGCAUCGCUGGAGCCCGCCCCGGGCCGCAGGACUUGCAGCGCGGGUCGGCCGCGGGGAGAAGCGGCCCGCAGCCCCGCGGGGAGACCCGGUGGCCCGGAGCCUCUCCCGGCCCGCGGCGGAACGUGGCCGGUGCCGGUGCCUGCCCGGUUCUCAUGUAGCAGCGCUGUGUUCCGCUAAAACCAAGCGACCCACCACC